CUUAAGCAUCUCCAACUAUAAAUGUCAUUGAAAAUUCUGAAUAAUAAAAUAAGAAAUGUGUUUUGCUUACCCAAAACGAUAAGCGGGCUCCACAUACUUGCGUUUUGCCAUUCAUAGUCACCUAUUUGCGAAUUUAUAUAUAUAUGUAGAUAUAAAUAUGUAUUUUUUUCUGCCGUGGCGGAGAAACCCUCCAUUUUCACGGGAAAUGCCUAAUGGCAUUAUAUUCCGAGUUAAAAAAUGUUGGGGGAACAUUAUAAAUGCAAUUAUUAUAGGUGUCAAAUGUAUGCCGCUUUUUACUAUAUGUUGACAUCCUACUGACUAUCGGUAAUGAAUUUUUAAACCCCAAAAUUUCUCCAAAAGGCCGAUAAGCUCCCUGCCCCCCCCCCCCCAAAAAAAAGAAAAGGCAAAAAAAAAUGCGAAUAUGUGAAUCCGCGCUUCUGUUGAUGUCCGACUGCAUUUAAUGUUAGGUGAACCACUAGAUGGCGCUGUUUACCAGCCAGAAGUGCAAAUAAUGAAAAUUGGAAAUUUUUGACUGUACGGUCCUCCCUCCUCCUCUCUUUCCACGUCCAGUAAUCUGACACCCUUCCAAAAAAAAAGGGAAAAAAAGACUGAGAGCUGGCCUAGAAGAAGAAGGAUGGACUCCUGAAGCAGCCUGCAAAGAGCCGCGACAGGCGAGCCGGAUCGUGCACAGCGAGGCAAGCCGAGCGAGGAGCCACCUCGAGCGGCCUGGAGCGCAGCAGAGGAGCCGGUGACGGUCGGGGGGGAAUUUUUUUUUUCCCCCCUCCUCCUCUCCUCCUUCAAAGUAGGACUUUCCGAUGGUUCUCCAAUGGGUGACUUUGCACGGCGCCUCGUGAGGAGCAGAUGAUGAAGAAUUACAGCGGCAGUCCGCCUCACAGCAACAGCCAGAGCCCCCAAUUCGCCCACUUCAGGGACCACCGCAACCACCACAAGUCUUCCUCGCUCGCCUCCAUUCCUUGGCGCCUGCCCCUCCGAGCGUAUGGAUUCUGCAUGGCGGCGCUCUUCGUCUUCUGCCUGUCGUCCCUCUUCUACCAGCUCAACGGAGGACCCCCCAGAGUACUGCUGGACAUUCGACAAUAUCUCGGGUCGUCGACAUACGAGGAUGACCACGGACCUCCUGUUGCAAGGGUGCUCCCAUUCCCAAGUCAGGUGGUGUACAACCGCGUGGGCAAAUGCGGCAGCCGCACAGUCGUCAUCCUUCUGCGCUUGCUGGCCGAGAAGCAUCGGUUCAACUUGAUCUCGUCGGACAUCCACAACAAAACGCGACUCACCAAAGAUGAGCAGGUGGAUCUAAUGAAGAACAUCAGUAAUAUCCCUCAGCCGUUCCUCUACACGCGUCAUGUUCACUUCCUCAACUUUACCAGGUUUAAGAUCGAGGAGCCCGUCUACAUCAACAUCAUCCGCGACCCCAUCAACCGCUUCCUGUCCAACUACUUCUUCCGUCGCUUCGGCGACUGGAGGGGCGAGCAGAACCACCUCAUCCGCACCCCCCAGAUGACCGACGACGAGCGAUAUCUGGACAUAAACGUGUGCAUUCUGGAGAAUUACCCGGAGUGCUCCAACCCCCGAGUCUUCUACAUCAUCCCAUACUUUUGCGGGCAGCACCCGAAAUGCAGAGAGCCGGGUCCGUGGGCUCUGGAGCGGGCCAAACAGAAUGUAUUGGAGAACUACCUGCUGGUGGGCAUCUUGGAGGAGCUGGAAGAUGUGUUGCUCCUGUUGGAGAGGCUCCUCCCACACUACUUUACGGGGGUGAUCAACAUCUAUAAAAGCCCUGACCACAGGAAGAUGGGCAACAUGACGGGCACGGUACGCAAACACACGCCCACUCUGGAGGCGCUGCAAGUGCUCUACCAUCGUAUGCGCUACGAAUACGAAUUCUACAACUUCAUCCGGGACCAGUUCCACCUGACCAAGAAGAAAAUCGGCCUCAAGUCGGACGCCCAGCCGCCCGCCUACACGCCCGACUUCCUGCGGGAGCUCGAGCUCCGGACCCCCGAGCCCCUGGAUGAGGACGAAGAGCUGGACACUGAUCUGGAGGACGCAAACAACUGGCUCAUCCAUCAAUAAAAACUAUUUUUCGUUGUUUUGGUUUUUUUCUUUUUUUUUUGAAGCAGUAUGACACUAGCUUCCUCCCUCCACGGCGAUGGCGGCCUGAGGGUGAUGACAGUUGCCCCAUCGAAGGUGAGAUGCGUUUGGAUACAAGACUUGUGGACGGGGCUCGGCACUGGCGACGAGUCGGACGGGGAAAGGACGAGAUUAUUUAAAAAUUGACUGAGGAUCAUGAGGAAUAAGGCUUAACUCCGUUCUACAUGAAGCGCAGCUUUCCUUUUUAUUUGUGCUUGUCUUCACGGCUUGUUCUUCAACACAGAAGCGGUUCUUGCUGUAUUCUCCAGGAGAGAUGAAGCACCGGAAUGUGGACUGGGGCCUGGGAAGAUAGGAAGGUAUGUUAUGCCAAGAGUUGAUGUCUGUGUUUAUGAGAUACAUGGAAAAAAAAAGAUAAGAAGCCAAACAUCAAAGUAGUAUACAGUCUGGUUAUCAGUGCCAAACGUCGCCAAGGCAGGACGCUGUUGAGGAGCGCGUUUCCCCUGAGGAGCAGUUUGGUUC